CUAAUUAGAUAUUUAAAUAUGUUUCAUAUAUCUUAAAAUUGAAUCAAUGCUUAGAUUUUUCACAUUUUUAAAUUGUACUAACAACGCCCGCUAGUGUCGAAUAUUGAAAUUCACUAAAGAUUCAAUCUUAAUAAGUGUUUUCUUAUUGGUAACAGAUAAAAUUCUCCCGCCAAAUCCGUAACAACAUAUUAAAUCUAUAUGCGAAUAAAAAUAUCUAUUAAUGUUAAAUUUUGUAAAUAAUAAUUAGAUAUAGUGAAAUAAAAGUAUUAUUAAUUUAUAUAAUUAAAAAAUUUAUAACAACAUUUAUAACAUUUAUAACAAGCUAAUAUCAAAAAUAUUUAUAUUAAAAAAAUUUUAUAUUUUAUAAAUGUCAGAAGAAGAUUUAUUUAAUUGGACAGAUUUACCAAAAGAAAUUGAAGAUGAUUUUAUUUCAAUCAGAGGAGAUUAUGAUUAUCCAUUAUAUUUAUCCGAAAAAGAAGAAUGGAUUAAUUAUAAAAAUAUUGAAAACAAAGAAGAUAAAAUAAAAGUUUAUGGACCUUUUUUAAUAUGUGAAUUGAAUAGAUUUGUACCUUAUUUAGAAGGUAAAAAUAUAAAAUUUCAUCCUCUUAAUAUGCCUUAUAUCAGAAUAGGAAAAAUUAAUAUAAUGGGAUUUGUAAUAUGUGAUUCUGAAGAUGCUAAAUGUUAUCGAUAUCAAGUUGAUGAUGGAACAGGAACCAUCACUAUUUUUUAUGAUAAAAAGUUUUUUGCAAAAAGUGUUGCACUAAGAAGAAAAAUUGAUAAAAAGUAUCAUAAUUUAUCAAAUAAUGUAAAAGAAAAUAUGAAAAUAUUAAAAAAUCAAAAAUGCCCAAAAAAAUUUCCAAAUCCAAGACCAAAAUUUUUUUAUCCUCCUAAUACAAGUAUACGUGAUAUGGCUAUUUUUGAAUAUAACUGGUCAUUGGAAACAAAUAAUGGGACAUUGGGUGAAGAGAUACAACGUUGUAAUUAUAUACAUGCAUUAGGUUAUUGUACACUUGACUUUUUGCAUAAAAAUAAGCCGAAAACAGAAAUUACAUUUACAGAUAUAUGCCAUGCGAAAAUAAAUUUCAUUGCAACUAGAAUUAUAUGUUUAACUGAACAACAAUAUAAUAAAAAGUUGCUUUCAUGGAUUUAUAAUAAUGUCAGAAAACGGUAUGAUGAAUAUCUAAAUGAAUCCUUUUCCAAAUCAUAAAAAAAUACAAAUUUAGAAAGUUAAUAAUAAAUUAUAAUACUAUAUAUUUUUUAAGAAGUAGAUUAAGGA